AUGAAGCUUCAAUUCAGUGAAGUCGUCGGUACACUGGCUACGGCGCCACAACACGUGCUGUUUCAUCCGAGGAAAUUGGCGUAUGUGGCGAGCGCUGGGGUGGUAGUAUGCGAUGUGGAUGCAAAAACAGGCAAGUUGGGCUCCCAGAGGCUUUUUGUGGCCAAUGCUGCUCAAAAUGACGAGGAAAGAGAUAGAAGGAUUGGUAAGCUGGAAAAUGGAGAGAAGCUGGAUAAAAGAGACGCGUUUGACUUCCCUAUAGAAGGUACGUACACUCAUGGACUUGACAAAAUAGAGGCGGAAAGAAAGAAGGUAACCGGCAAUUCAGGAGAUGUACUGCCUUCAAAGCUCAAAGACCGUGUACGCGCUGUCUCAUGUGUUGCCUUGUCCCCCAAUGGCAGAGUGUUGGCUGUUGGUGAGAGUGGUUACCAGCCUAGGAUUCUCUUGUAUUCAUUAGCACCCAAUUCGUCGUCUACACCGUUUGCAGUGAUUCAAGAACACAUGUUUGGAGUGAAGCAUAUUGCAUUUCUGCCGGACUCAAGGUACUUUGCCUCGUUGGGCCAGCUCUCUGAUGGCUUCCUACAUGUUUGGAAAUACUCGGCGACGCACGUUACGCUAAAAGCAGGUAACAAGUGUCUGUCUAUUGUGAACGAACUAUUGUGGCACCUGCUGUCUUCAAUCGUCACUGCAGGCUUAAGGUUUUUGAAGAUAUGGACAUUUGAGAACCAUGAUCUGAGCAAACCUGUGGUCCUCAAAGGUCGCAAUGUGGUUCUUGGACAAAAUCUCGAGUGUGACUUCACCGAGGCGGCAUCUUUGUCGCACGAUGAAGUGCUUAUCUGUGCUUCCCAUCAGGCUUUGUAUCUUCUAAGUGUAUCUUCCCUCAGCAUGGUGCCCAUAGCUCUACAAGAAUCACCUAGCGAAUUGUAUGGUUUACAAACCGAUGAUGAAAGUAACUUGGUAUGCUACUUUGAGGGUGACAGUCCUCAAAUACGGCCCUUGAAUUUUCUUACGCCCACAGUCAGCAAACUGGCCCCGUCAUCUCCCUCGAAAAUCGCUCUGAUGUUCUCGUCAAUGUCUUUGACGCCAUCAUGCUCAGAUACGCCAAUUGUAAAAAGCUACUUGCGAGUGAUAAACGGUGUGACUCGUUUGUUGUAUCUUACCAACAAAAAAGAGAUCAAGUCUUACGAUUCAGUUACGAACUCAAUUGAACCCUUGAUCGCUACACCGGUUAGUCGUACUGGUGGAAUGAAGGAGGCUUCUAAUGGCGAUCUUUUAGUUUAUUCUAAGUGUGGCUCCAUCAAAAGAGUCAAUAUGGACACUAGUAUUGAAUCUGUGGCAUCAAUCAAGCUUUCACAAACUCACGAGUUGGAAAAUGAACUCACCGCUGUGGAUUAUGAUGGCGCUUAUGCGUACUUUGGUGACAGAUACGGUCAGCUAUUUGUCGUGGGCACGAAGACAAAAGAGCAGUUAACACAAUUUAAAGCUCAUUCAUCAUCUAUCAACGAGCUUUUACACUUCAUGGUCUCUGGUAUUGAGCUACUCUGCACCACUUCCAGAGAUAGAACCAUUCAACUCUUCUAUGCCAAUGACGGCCAAUGGGAACUCCUUCAAACAAUCGCAAAUCAUACCGGUAACCUCCUACAUGCGAAAGUUCAUCAAGAGACCUUAUACGUAUGUUCCGCCGACAGAUCCAUUUCUAUAUAUGGCUUCAAACCGACAAAGGAUCAGGAGACGCCACUUCAUGUGUUUCAAAAGAAGGUCUUAACCCUCAAGCACUCUCCAACCACAAUGAGAAUUCUCGAGGACGAGCUCCAUGUCGCAACCAAUGAUAAGGCAAUUCAGGUUUUUGAUGUCACGACAUCUGACUUCAAGUAUACCGUUAAACUACUCAAUGAAAAAGGCGAGUCACUUGUGGUGGAGAACAUUGUGUCAAUUUCAAGAUAUAUUGCUAUUUCCGCCAGUGAUAGGUCGGUACGCUAUUACGCCCCUCAGUAUAAAAAGGAGCUUGCCAUAUGCUGGGGCCAUGCAGAUAGCAUUGUCGGAAUGGUGAAUCAUAACAGUUCUCUCUACUCUAUUGGCUUAUGUGGGUGUCUUUUCAAGUGGAACGUAAUCGACAUUGUCGACUCGUCACAUUCGAGCUUCAAAGAAGAGGACUCCGAUCUGAGCUUGGUCGAUCCAGAGAGUCUGCCUCUCUUGGCCAAAGUACCACGAAAGAUCUUGCCUGUAGUCUCAGAGAGCUCAUCGAUGUUGGCAAGUCAAAGCACGCCACAUAUAAGGAGAGACACAUCUCCUUCAAAGCGACUGCUGCUUAUAUAUGAUCCUGGGUCACCCUCACCUGCACCAUCUACAACUCCCCGUUUGACUAACGCAACAUUGAAGAGGAUGGAAGCCCGAAAAUCACUUCCUGCCUCUUCAAUAUCCAAAACAUCGUCUCCAACACCUAGCUUGAGCCGCUCCUCUCCUACAAGAGCUCAGUCGCCUUCAAGAGCAGUAAGAGCUACUAUGGAAAGCAAGGAUCUGCCCUCAAAAACACCUUCCUUGAACUCUAUUACAGAUUCUCAGCCAAGAUUGUCUCCUCAAAGCGGAUCUGACUCGAUGGAAAGAGCAACAGCAUAUAUUUCAAUCAUGAAGGCUCAUGUUUUGAAGGGGUUGUUUUCGACGAGCGAAAAAAAGAAAUUGAUAGACCAAAUCCAGGAUUUGAUGGAUGUUCUAGGGGUGGCGGCUACACGACCUGCCAAUCAAGAGGCGCUUUUGGAAAAAUUUGGUGAGCAGCUAGUGGAGAUAGUGCUGCAAAAGCUACAAAACAAAUAG